ACCAACGGUUCCUCAAGUCUUAAGAGCACAUUUCCAUGGCAUAACAAUUACCAGUUUUGUCCCCAUGAACAUUGCAAUGCCAGUAGUCGAAUGAUAUUGGCCUGAUAUCGUCGAAUUUGUUUGAGAUAUACCUAUUCAUCUUUGGCAUAUCCACAAUUUUGGUGCAGUAAACAAAUACCUAAACAAACGGAACUGAGGUGCGGUUUCACUAUUCACAAUGCUGCGCUCUAAGAGCAAAGACCGCAUAGGAGGUAGUAGCGGCAUGUACAUGAGUAAUCGUCAAAUGGGUGAGUAUCUUAACGAUUUACGUAACAACCGGCCAUCUCGUCCUACUGGAGCUCGUCCGCCUCCGUCUUCAUUUGUAUCAAAACGGUACUCUACAUCGAAUCUAUCUCAAGUGCCAUCUGCAAUCGAUCAGUUCAAAAAGAACGAGGACAUUUCGGUGGAUGCGCCGCCGAGGUGCUCAAGUGCACAGUCUUUCUACAAGCCUGCCUUCUCUGCAACAGGGUCGGAAACGAGACAUGCUUCUAAUGCAUCGAUAUCAAAACCUAUGGCCGGCAGGCCGGUUGCUCGAGAGCCAAAGUCUGAAUCCGCUCAAGGCGAUGUUGAGGGGCCGAUGGACGAGCUUCCUUACUUGGAACGAGGUCAAAGAUGGUUAGAAAGGCAGGAAGCACAUUCACUGCGUCGAGCACUCGAAGACAUGGAUCUAAAAGAAGAGAAGAAAAUAUUCGACGCUGCCCGAGAUGAAGCAGCCGAACUGGUCUGGAAGCAUCAAAAUCCCAAUGUCCCAUUCAGGAAUCCAGACAUUCAGCCGAGCAGCUAUCGUGAACAUCUUAGAAAAGGAAGUACACAUGCCAGAACAGCAAGUUGGGCUCAAGCAGCGCAGGAUAUUCAGGCAAAACAAAUGAAGCGUCGAAGUAGAGAAUCCAGCGCCAGUCGGUCUAUCAGUGGUGGGAGCAAGGAAAGCAGUGCGCCGAAUAGUCGCGCGCCUAGUGAUGGGUCUUUGAAAGUCCCUGAGAGCCCCUUAAAACCGCCUGAAGAAGAAACUGUGAAUAAUGAGCGUCAGCCACGAAAACGCUCAGUCCAGUUUGUGGAGCCCACCUCGACAUCAGGGGAUGAGCCUGCGCCUCAGCAACCAAAGACGGGACUGAGGAAGCUUAUUCGAAGUCGUACCCCUAGCCCUUCGAAAGCGAUACAACCACAAAUGAAAGGAGAAGAAAAAAAGGAGGAGACACAAGAACAGGGACAGAGCCGAGUUUCCAGCAUUUCCGUUGCCGCGCGCAUGGCGUCGAAUGCUAUGCCAGCACACUUUCGUAACCCAUUCUCCCGUGCAAGAGAGUCGAAAGGCAAGCUUAGCCGUAUAAACACUGAGCCGAUGCCAGCCACCAAACCUUUUGACAGGUUUGAAAUUCAGCGUAAUCCACCCUCGCAGUCACGGAAUCCGAUCUACACUACGAACAAUGUUGAAACCUGUAUGCAGCCAGCAUCCUCAGAGGACGGAGUGAAGAUGAAAGAUGGAAAGGAGAUCAGAAGUGAUGAUAUUCGGAAGGCUACGAGUGCGUCAUUAAAAGAUCGCAGUCAAAAAUUACCUAUGCCAACUGUGGUAUCUGACUGCCCCGAACGACCCAUUGUAAGUUUUCAGAAAGGAUGGAAGCCAAAGGAGGUGGAGUUAAAGGAGGAAGUUUCAUCUGCUACGACAAAGCCAAAUACUCAUACCAGACCCGAUACCGAGCAACCACCUCCAGCAUCUGUGGCAGCGGAGUCAUAUAGCAAAACAGCUUCCGAAAAGCCAUUACGUAUAGUGGAAAAGAAGGGUUCUGCACCAUCAACAUCAGGUUCCAUGCAAGUACCUGGUCGGGAACGAGAAAGAACUAGCCCACCUCCAGCACCAUUGGUACCGCCGCCUCAAGAACCUUCAUUUCCUGGGAACAACCACAACGGUGCUCCUUCUGUCCCGGCAAUAUCUGUCAGUUCAGCACCACCAGUACCUGUUAUUGCUGUCACAAAUGAUGCAGCCUCAGUUCCAACGAUUGCUAUUAAUAACUCAAAUCCACUUUCAACACCAAAAGCUCCAAGAUCUUCACCUCUACCCUCCAUUGCAGUCGGUGAAUCACGACCUGAACGUCCCGCAGUUGUCAAUAACUCACGUGCUGCUCCAACAAUUGCGAUAAACGAUGCUCCAUCUAUUGCGGUGACUGCUCCAUCGAUAUCAGUCAGCGGACCUCCUAUUUCUGGCUCUUCUACUCGACCUCUUCCAGUUCCCGGUGGACGGCCGAGCCCACGACAUGCUGCAUCAGCCCCGGCCGGGAGUGCCAUCCGAAACUCGCACAUUACGCCAACUGGUCGGUUCCAUCCACGUAGCACUGGUGCCCUUUGCGCGAACUGCGCUCUUCCAAUCGCAGGCCGCAUUGUAUCUGCUGCAGGGGUCCGCUUCCAUCCAGAAUGCUUCCGAUGCCAUCACUGUAACGAAGGUCUUGAAUGUGUCGCCUUCUAUCCCGAGCCUGAAUCACAUCGCCUUGAUCGAAUAAACAGAAUUCGCGAUCGCAUGGCAGGCUACGAUGUUGGUGGCUCUCCAGAGGAGGAUGGUGAUGAGUCACUGAGAUUCUACUGUCACCUUGACUACCACGAAUUUUUCAGCCCUAGAUGUAAGAGCUGCAAAACGCCUAUCGAGGGAGAAGUUGUAGUUGCUUGUGGCGCUGAAUGGCAUGUUGGCCAUUUCUUCUGCGCCCAGUGUGGUGACCCAUUUGAUGACAAAACUCCGUUUGUUGAGAGAGAUGGGUACGCUUGGUGUGUAAACUGCCACACAAAUCGCUAUUCAACCAAGUGCAAGAAGUGCCGGAAACCAGUCACAGAUAUGGUCGUGAAAGCGCUGGACGCAGAAUGGCACGAGGAAUGCUUCCGCUGCACGGAAUGCAACGGCCGCUUUGACGAUGGAAGGUACUUCAUCAGGCCAGGGGGGACGGAUCCAUAUUGCCCUGCCUGCGAAGAGAUGAGGUUGAAGGCUUGAUUCCAUGAAUUUUUACCCGCACCACGAUCUCAAAUUGUUACUCUCGCAGGUCGUACAUACAAACAAGCUUUUUUUGGCCCUAAUUUGCUCUUCAAUAAGCAUCCGUGUCGGUUUGGCUGGCGUUGGUGAAAGCAUUUUAGCAAAGUAAAAAGGCAUACACAGCAUGAAUAAUGAACAUUUGCCUGUAUUUAUAUUCCAUCUUAGAUCUUCUGAUUCUCAGAUGUGCAAUCCGAAUGACC